CUUAUAUCUUUUUUACACAGAAAUGGAAAAUUUCGCCUUCAGUUUUCUACUUUUUUGGGCAUUUUUGCCUCUUGUGGUGCGCGCUCAAGAAGCCGAAGGCGCGGAAGAAGAAUCAUGCGCUCGUGAAAGCCUUGAUGAUUACAACAUGCCCCUUAGAAUCGGUUCCCUCUUCAUUAUCCUCGUCACAAGUGCUGUUGGCACCUUUGUCCCCAUGCUUCUCCACCGCAUCCACCCGUACAGCGAGGGAAGCUUCCGUUAUUGGGUUCUCACUGUCGGCAAAUUCUUCGGCACCGGCGUUAUCCUUGCUACUGCGUUCAUUCACAUGCUUCCUGAAUCUCUCGAGAACUUCAGCAGCCCUUGCUUGAGUGAAGGGUGGCAAAGUUACGGUGCAUUCGCCGGCAUCUUUUGCAUGAUAUCAUCCUUUGCCCUCCAGCUACUCGAACUCGGUGCCGCCACCUACAUGGACAAAUUACGCGCAAAACGUCAAAACAGCGCCGAAGCCAGCUUCAACGAGGACGACAUGGAGAAAAAAACUGGUCUCGAACACGGCCAUGUUCACGGUGGAGCCCUGUUUGAAGAAGACGAAAAAGCUUUCCGUAAUGUUGGCGUCAUGAUGCUCGAACUCGGCAUUGUCAUGCAUUCCAUAAUCAUUGGCAUUACGCUUGCCAACACCGGCAAUGACGAAUUUGUCACAUUGAUCAUUGCACUAGUCUUCCACCAGUUUUUUGAAGGUAUCGCCCUUGGCACAAGAAUCAACGAAAUGGAACACAAAUCUUGGGUUCGCCCUCUCAUUCUAGGUGGGCUUUUCAUCAUCAUGACACCCAUCGGUGUUGCCAUUGGUAUCGGUAUCCACUCGUCAUUUAAUCCAAACUCUUCGUCUUCCGUGCUGGCCAAUGCUGUUCUGGAUUCGUUGUCGGCUGGUAUCUUACUGUACAAUGCCUACGUUUCAUUGAUGAGCGCUGAAAUCAACCACAACCUCAAAUUUCGACAAAGUUCGCUCACAAACAAGGCAGUUUGCUUCCUGUCCAUGUAUAUCGGUGCUGGUUUGAUGGCGUUGAUUGGUAAAUGGGCUUAAAAAGACCCAUCUCUGUUCUUCACUUGGCACACAAAGAAAGUUAAUACCCUUCCACACCCUAUUUUUGCCACUAUUACCAUUCCUCUUCCUUUGGUCUCUACCUCCUCUUACUCAAUUGUUCCUCCAUAGUCAUUUCUGUUGAUACAGCUUAGCCUUGUUUGUGUAAUCCUCUUCUACAAAUAUGUAACGCAAUUAUAAAUAGCUAUUAUACAUUAAAUUCUCAUCCCGUGUAUUAUUUUCAUAA